CGGUCUUUCACGUGUUGGUUUGUCAAUAAGAAGACCAGUUUCACGAACUUUUUGCACAAAAUACCUCACAUACGGUGCUGGCGGUGCUUCAUUUCUUCCCAUUUUUGCACGUAAUUUUCGGACACAAUCUGCAACAUUACCACCACUUUCGAAAUAUUGUUUUAAUAUUUCCCAGCGUUGUUCAAGCGAAUACACAACCAUUUUCGUUAAUCGGAAUGAUAUGACUGAUGUUCUGUCAAAUCAGAUGCGAAAUAAGUCUUGACAUAUCCCAAAAAACCAGUAACUCAAAAAAAAACGAUAGAUGGACCACCCGGUAUAGGCUUCAGUUUACUACUUAGACAAUUAUAAAGCCUAAAAUAUUAGAAUUUUAGAAAAAAGCAUUGCCGCAUCUGGGUUACUCUGCAUCAUAGAAGAUAGCAGCGAAAGAGUUAAGAACUUUCUGAGAAAGAUGUAGAUAUCAUGGUCAGAUAUUUCACUAAUAUGUUUUUGACUAACAGUCAGAUGUGGUAAAAUCGUAACUAACUUUGUAACAGUAACUUAGCAUGACACUUUUCCCUGCUGCUUUUUCUCUAAUAAACCAACUGGAAAAUUGAAGGGAUCCUCAAUCUUAAGCUAUUUUGAAAACACGGUUUGUUUUGAAGUUAAUGAAUAAUAAACAUUUAUGCUAUUGAAUAAAUACCGUGGAUAACACUUUUUAUUCUAAUCGCGAAAAUUUUCUAAAAUGAAAUAUUAUAUUUUCCGAGUUUUAUAUGACAUGUACAUCACGAAAAUGUCACUUAUUUCCGUAGGUCUGCAUGUCUGUCCGCUAAUCCUUGGCCCAUCUAUAACUUGGAUAAUGCAGCUCAGGUUUUGACGAAAUUUUUACAUACGGUUACUACUAUGCCAAGGACGAAAAGCUUUGUAGUUUUUGAAAGUCGGUCCAGCGGCGGCGGAGCUAAUGGCAAAAAAUCUAAAAAAAAAUAUCGCUUAAACUUCGUUUUUGGAGGUUUUAGAGGCUCCUGAUCAUUUUCAGAAGAAUUUUUAGAUGGGUUGUUAAGGGUGGAGAGAGUAUAUCUCAUGAUUAGAUAUAUUAGAUUAUUAUUAGACGUAUUUCAAACAUCAUAGAUUUACUUGUACAUUUGCCCUUAAAACACAUCUCACAAUAUCCUCGACACGCAUCCCUCUUUCUCUCUCUCUCUCUCUCUCUCUCUCUGGCGUGACCGGUGUCACAGUCUCCCGUAUGAGUGUCGUGCCGUCACUGUCACGCUGCCGGGUCUGCUGAGUGAGUUCAUCAAGCGGUGAGGUGGGGGGAAGGGCAAAGUUGCCAAAUGGGCGGUACUAUCGGUAGGCGAGGGAAAAGAUGUCUAUGAACUAAUCGUAUGGGCCUGUUUGACUGACUUGAUUUUCCUGUUGUACAUAUUCGAACCUAACUUUUCUCUCACUUGUGCCGAACAUAAUCCUUUAUGACUGAUGCGUGCGAAGUGCAGUCGACCCUACUUACCGCCAGAUUUGUUUGGGGUUUCUUAUAGUCCCACGGCAUGAGGGUAUUUGGGUUUGAGGUAUAUAAAAUAAAACUUUUCUAAUGUUCGGAUGAAAAUUAUUAACUAACUGUAUGCAUGUACUGAGUACAUCAGUUUAGUUAGUGAAUUUUGCUUGCAAGAAUCAGUUUUUUUGAAAUAUAGAUAUAAAGCCUUAUCCUAUAGGUGUUUGAUACUUUUAAAGAAGAAAUAGCUAAGAUGCAUAAAGCAAACGCAGCACUGGAAAAAGAGAGGAGUGAAUUACACGGCAAAUGGCAUUCAGCAACCCAGACCAUCAUAAAUUUAACCGAGUUGCACCAACAAGCGCAAGUUGAACAAAAGGCCGUAGAACGUAAAGUGAAAAUGCUUGAGAAGCUUUGCAGAAAGUUGAAUACUGAACGAUCUUCGUAUAUUAUACAACUGAAAGAAAAUAAUAUUGAGCCAGUUACCCCCAAUGAAGAUAAUGAAGAGCUGAGUGCAAAAGAAAAACAGAUAAUGGCUUUGAGAGGUGAACUCAAAGCUAUUAAGGAACAACUUAACCACAAUGUAUCCCCGAAGACUGAAGGUGACGAGGAAGAAAAGUCGGCGAUAAAACCAUCUACUUCCACCGAGGUAUUGAGAAAACCUCAUAGUGAGGGGGCGGGUGAAAAAGUAAGCGCCAAAACACCUGGAUCCGAUACUGAUGAGUCUUCUGAUCACAGCGUUCAUACUAUCCCUCUUCGCGAGUCAGCAGCCAGCCUUGAUUUGCCGGAGCUAAGUCGCAAGCGCGAUGUAGGCUGCUCCACGUCUUCUGAUCACAGCGUUCAUACUAUCCCUCUUCGCGAGUCAGAAGCCAGCCUUGAUUUGCCGGGGCUAAGUCGCAAGUGCGAUGUAGCAUGCUCCACGUCUUCUCUCAACCUGUGUGAUGCUACUAUAGGCCAGGGAGAAGCAUCUAGCGUCCAAGAUGAAAAAAAGAAAAAGAACAAAAGAGCUAGGAAGUAAAGCUGCCUCUUUCUGUCCAAGACGUCAACACUGAAAAAGUAGAUGUCUUAUGUUUGUGUUCAGUGAUUCUGUUGGUUUGUUUUAUUUAUUUUGUAUUUUUGCACAAUCAGCUGACUUGUCGGUCAUGCCUUGUACUGUUGUUUAUUUUGUCGUUCAUGUCACAUUGUGGCAUCUGUUGUUCAGUUUCGUUUUACCUGUCACAUACUCGUAUUUGAGAAGUCAAUAUUGCUUAGCAACAUUAUGUCCUCGAAUGUGAGUUGUGGAUUUUGUUUGAAACAUGUUUUAUUACCUAUUUUGUAACCUUCUUGCCGAAAUAAAGUUUGUUGAUUAUUUUGGCUA